AUGGUCUGCUCCAAGGUAGAGCAGUGUGACACCUACGAGAAUUGGGAUUUAUUAGCUAAUCUUGUGAAAUCAUUUAGGCACUUACUCCCUGCAGGAACCAGCGAUCAGAAGGCAAGUCUUUCCUAUGCAGGCUUUUCGGGACAAGCCGCGGGCACCCUGGUGAGCGUGGCCAGGCCGGGCGGGCCGGGCGCGGCGGAGCGAGGCGGGUGGUGCCGUGUCCCCGCCCGGCGGCCCCGGGGGAGGUGCCGGCCGGGCCGAGCUGCCACACGCCACGCCGGCUCGGGGCGAGGGCUGUGGCCGCUGGGCUGUGAGUACGGGCUGCGGGGGCCGGGGAAAGGCGGCGGACCCGGGGGAGGGAGCGGGGUUGGGAGCGCCCGGAGAGGCGAGGCUGGCCCGGGCACAUCGCGCCUCGGCAGUGACUGGGGACGAGGGCGACAGUGGGGACAAGAGCCGGCGUCCGGCGGCGUCCCUCCGCCCGCCCUGCCGGGGCCAGAAUGUGGGUGGAGGGCGAGCCUGGAGGGAGCCGGGGCCGCCGGGCCGGGGGCGAGCGCUAAGGGCGCUUUGCCCUCACCGAAGAUGGCGCCGCGGCCUCCCCGGUGCUGCGGUCACGUGAUGGCGGGGCGGGGGCGGGGAGGGGCGGCCGGUCCUGCGGUCCCCGCACGGGAAACAUCGGGCCCUGAGGGGAAAGGAGGGGGCAGAGAGGGGCCUGCGUGCGAACCUGUGGUUCGUAAUGGGGCCACCAUGCAAUUGUCGUGCUGA